GAGCUUCGGUUUACUAUUCUUAUAAAUCAUUAGUCUAUGAUUUUCUUUCCCGUCGAUGCUUAUCGAAGGGAAAGUUGUAAAUAUAAGAUAACUAAUAAGUCAUUAAAAUACGACUUUUUUAAUGAAGACAAUUGUUGUUAAAAUUACCAGUUGAUUACCGUACAAGAUAUGUCACUAAAGUUACAAUACAUAAUCUCUACUUAAAAACAUACAAUUUCAAAAUCGUCUUGUGAUGUAUUGGACAUUUAAAUGAAUUGUGUUAUUGUUAUUGGAUAUUCUACUCAGAACAUCAACAGAUAUUAAAUAUUUGUAAAUUAAUGAAAUCAUGGAAAAAAAUCAUAGUUUUAACGUCGAUGACGACGAAGAGUCUGGAGAAUCAGAAAACAUUAUAAUCAAUGAAAUCGAUGGAUUGCCUAACAUGCAUCCAAAUUUUGAUCAACUUGAAUAUGAUUUUGAGGAGAAAGAAGAUUGUAGUGAUGUUAAUGCAAGAACUUUUGACGAAUUGGUUCACGAUGAAGACCUACCAAUGUCUAUUAUUGUCACCAAUGUAGAUCCUCGUGUUUUCAAAUGUGACGAUUUAAAGGUGACUAUUGAAACAUUAUUCAAGGAGUUUGGUGAAGUUGCAACAUUUCAAUAUUUCAAAUCUUUUAGAAGAAUGAGAGUAAAUUUUACUUCUCCAAGUUCGGCUGCACAUGCCAGAAUUAAACUACAUCAAUCGCGAUUUGGUGACACAGAUAUUAAUUGCUAUUUUGCACAACCAGUAACGCCUAUAGAUAUGGAAGAUCAAUACCUACAGCCUCCUGCAUUAACUAAACAACAUCUUAUAUCACCUCCAGCUUCACCACCUGUUGGUUGGGAACCUAGACCUGAAGGCGAACCUCUUGUCAACCAUGAUUUAAUAGCAGCUAUUGCAAACUUAACUCCUGGUGCUACUCAUGAAUUGCACCGUGGAGGAUCCGGACAACCCGGUAUUGUAGUACACGUUUGUGAGACAUCGAAUUCUGUAAAAAAUGCAACUCAUAUACAACCCACGCAUCGUCCGGAAUAUUAAUUUUUUUACAUCUCAUAUGAUUAUGUUAUUUGUUCUGUGCCAAUACGGCAGGAUGUUCGGAAAAUAAUAAAAAAAAAUUUAAUAUCUUUCAA